AGCCUGAAAGAUCUGUGUUGUGCAGUGAUCACUCGCAGCAAAAUAGACAUACAUGCGGGUAGCAAGAAGCUACCCUCAAACAUACUCAACGUGCUAAAACCCGAGGGAGUAUGCGACUGUUGUGGAAGUGGAAUGUUCGGAGAGGGUCUGAAAGUGGUGAGACCUGCGAGGAAGAUAUUCGGAGUGACAAAUGUCCCUUUUCUAUUUGUAUCUUGCUCGCCCUAUUGUCUCACAGAAUUCAAUAACAACUCUAAGAAUACUGCAAAACAUAUCUACAAAGAGGAGUGAAAUCAUUGUGAAAUGUUGGAAAACUUUGUGAUCAAAUCAUGACCAGAAACAAAAAUCAGCAAAAAAUCAACAAAAUUUCAGUGAAAAAUUACGGAAAUUGCAGUGAAAAAGGUUGAAAACUUCGUGAAGAAAUCAUAAAUAAAAAUGAAAUUAUGUGAACAGACUCAUCAACGUGAUAAUUUUGAUUUAAAUGUCUUUUUUUCAUCAAUACGUUCGUUUUGUCAUUGUGAAGAGUGUUUCUAUCAGUUUUUUGCUAGAUUUUUGGAAGGAGAUGAGCAAAAGGCACAAAAUAUAGACAAGGAGUUGAAGUAUGAUGUGAAAAAAACCCAAGGAAGAUUUGCUCAAUUUAUUGCUAAAAAGAUUAAAAGCUGAAAACGGUAAAACUAAAGAUGAGUUCCAAAAAACUCAAAUAUCUUUCCUUAGAUUAAGGAAAAAUUUUUCGUUUUGAACAUAAAGUUGACCUAGUAAA